CACCAUCAAUUGAAGCAGAAUUACUCCUAGUCUCGCUCCAAUCCUUGCUAACUCCAAAAGCCAAACAUGGCUUUGAGUAGCCUCAGCUUCUUCCGGGCGUUUCUCUUAUUGUCACUCGCGACCUCGGCUUUCUCGACGCGGCCCUACAAGGAAGGCCUUGCGCCCAACUUCUACGAUUACGUUUGCCCUCAAGCCUUGCCCACCAUAAAACGCAUCGUCGAGGCAGCGGUGCAACAGGAGCGACGCAUGGGCGCUUCCUUACUCCGUUUGCACUUCCACGAUUGCUUUGUUAACGGUUGCGAUGCUUCGAUACUUUUGGAUCCGAGCCCUACCAUUGACAGCGAAAAGCUCGCCGGCCCGAAUAACAAUUCAGCUAGAGGGUUCGAAGUGAUCGAUCAGAUUAAAGCAGAGGUCGAUAAAGCUUGCGGAUUCUCACUUGUAUCGUGUGCCGACAUCUUGGCCAUCGCAGCCCGUGACUCCGUUGUUGCGCUUGGAGGGCCUUCAUGGGAAGUACAACUCGGAAGGAGGGACUCGACGACAGCGAGCAGGACAACGGCCAACAACAACAUUCCCGCGCCGAACAUGGACUUGCCUGCACUGAUCAACACAUUCCAGAAGCAAGGUCUCGACUCUAGGGACCUAGUCGCCCUGAGCGGUGCGCACACAAUCGGGUUCGCACAGUGUCGCAUUUUCAGGGACCGCAUAUACAACGACACCAACAUCGUCGCGGAUUUCGCCAGGAGCCUCAAGUCCUUGUGCCCGCGUACUGGAGAGGAUGGUAACCUCGCCGGUUUGGACCCUUCGCCGGCUCAAUUCGACUCCCUGUACUUCCACAAUCUGUUGGCGCAAAAGGGGCUUCUUCAUUCUGAUCAGGCACUUUACGGUGGCGGGUCGACGGAUGAGCUGGUGAAAACGUACAGUGAUGAUGUGGAGGCCUUUUGGGAUGAUUUUGCGAAGUCAAUGGUCAAGUUGGGAAACAUAAAGCCGUUGAUCGGAAACCAGGGCCAGAUUCGCUUGAAUUGCCGGAGGGUGAACUGAAGUGGCUGUUCGUUCAAAUCGUACAUUCUUAAUUGUCUAUUCAUGGUAUUGGUUUGCUCUGGUUUAUUCAGAUGUGUUGUUUAAUAAUGGAGUUAAGAGACAUUCUUGAUUUUCUUUGACCAAGCACUGAAGCUUUAUGCUCAAUGGAUGUAAGUAUGCCUCAAAUAUUA